AAACUGACAGAGCCUUCACAAUCUCAGUUGGAGAUCGUGACGGUCACCUGUGAUGAUGCUGAGCGCAUCUCGGUAAAUUUUCUGUUUACAAUCUCGAUCUGAUGGUUGGAUUUGAUCUCAAACAGCCUGUAAAACCGACGUUUGUUUAGCGAUCGAUCGACAGGCGAUGAUGUGAAUUCAGACGCUCGCUACUUCAGACGUUUAAAUAAGAAUCAGGCUCCAUAGUCACAAUGAGUGCUCCAGUCACUGAGGGUCAAGAGCCCUCCACCUCUGAUGGAAAUCCAGAGGGACUCAGUGUAAAGGAUGUCAAUCAGAUGAUCAUGGAGUUCAUGAUGUUCAUGAUGCAGGCGAUUAUCCUGUGCUAUCCCGUGUACCUGACCGGCUCGCUUGGACUCAGCAUCAGUUGGAUUCUUCUGAGCAUUCUGAUGUGGACAAUGUGGAAAAACAACCGCAGGUGGAAAGAUCGGAGGAUCGAUACAGCCAUUGACUUUUUGGAAAACGAGAAGGACGUGAUCAACACUGAACUCAAGUCCAUGAACAUGCCAGCUUGGAUUGAUUUUGCAGAUGUUGAGAAGGCUGCUUGGAUUAACAAGAUUCUUCAGCAGGCAUGGCCGUUCUUUGGCAUGUACAUGGAGAAGCUUCUCAUUGAAAACAUUCAGCCGGCCGUAAGAUCAUCCAGCUCCCAUCUGAAGACCUUCACCUUUACUAAAGUUCACAUGGGACAGAAGGCUCCAACUGUUUCUGGAGUACGAGUGUACACACAUGAGCUGGAGACAAGAGAGGUCAUCCUUGACUUCAACAUUGUUUACGAUGCUGAUGUGGACAUUGAUGCAGAUGUUAAACCAGCCAUCAAAGUAGGAGUCAAAGGGCUUCAGCUUCAGGGGAUGCUACGUGUAAUUCUCGAGCCUCUGAUUGGCCAGGCACCCCUUGUAGGUGGAGUCACCAUGUUUUUCAUUCGCCGACCCGCUCUGCAAGUCAAUUGGACUGGAAUGACUAACCUUUUGGAUGGUCCAGGGCUAAGUCAAAUGUCAGAAUCGGCCAUUGUGGACAUCAUCGCCUCUCUCAUGGUUCUGCCCAAUCGGAUGUGCAUCCCUUUGAUUGACCAAGUCAAGGUUGACCAAAUGAAGUUUCCUCUUCCUCGGGGUGUUGUACGGGUCCAUGUUUUGGAGGCUCGGAAUCUUGUAGCAAAGGACACGCACAUGAUGGGACUAGUAAAGGGCAAGUCAGAUCCAUAUACUGUGCUGAGGGUCGGGAACAAGCAAUUCAAAACAAAGACCAUCAAAGAAAAUUUGAAUCCACGCUGGAAUGAAGUUUAUGAGUUUGUCAUUCAUGAAGCUCCUGGACAGGAGUUGGAAGUGGAACUUUAUGACGAAGACACAGACGCUGAUGACUUUUUGGGCAGGUUCAGUUUGGAUUGCGGAGAUGUGAGAAAAGACAGAGAGAUAGACGAGUGGUACACUCUGGAGGACAUCGAGACUGGUGAGAUACAUAUGAAAUUGCAGUGGUUUUCCUUGCUCACAAAUCCAGAACUGCUGAAAGAGACCAGUGAUGGGCUCGCUUGUGCCAUGCUGGCAGUAUAUCUAGAUAGUGCCUCCAAUCUGCCUAAAGAACAACAUGAAUUCACCCAUAAUGAGAAGCAUGGAAAACAACCCAAAGUGGCUCGGCUCACCAGAAGAACUAAUGAUCCCAACUCAUACGUGGAGUUUUCCAUUAAUCAGCAAAGUCAAAAAAGCAAGAUUGUGUAUGCCACAAAAGACCCGACUUAUGAUGAAUGCUUCACAUUCUUUGUGCACAGUGUGAAAAACCAAGUGUUGAAUGUUGAGGUAAAGGAACACGAGAAGAAAUCCUCAUUGGGCAAACUCACUCUGCCAUUGGUCCGGCUGCUCAAUGUGUCUGACAUGACAAUGGACCAGCGUUUUCAGCUUGAGCGCUCCGGAGCCAAUAGCCAGAUCAAGAUGAAAGCUGUUCUCAGGAUCCUUACGUUGGAGAAACGGGAACCAAAGGUUGUCACUCCACCAGCUCAGGAUAAGGCAAAAGUCUCAUCGAGCCAAACUCGCCCUGAGCCUCCAACUCCAGUUCCAGUUCAGUCCGUACAGAGCAACCUGAAAGAAAAAGUGCCCGUUUCAUCUGUCCCACUCUCCAGAACACAGACUGUUCCUGCCCCUAUGCCAUCUACAGUCAGCUCCUCUAAUGAACUGCAAGCAGAGUAUCCCCCCUACCGACGAAGCACUUUCGUGAGCACAGAGGCACUGCAUUCGAGCCCGUCCACCCCCAGUCAAAUGCGUCGCUACGAUUCCCACAGCCUGUUGUCAGAGAACUCAAUAGCUUCUUCUCGCUUUGAUCUAACAGACACUAGUGUCCCUUAUCCUGAGGCCAUCUUGAAUCAUCAGGGCAGCUUCGGGCAGAUCCAACUCACAUUGCGUUAUGCCACCUUAAGGAAGCGGCUCAUCGUGAUGGUCAACAGCUGCAAGGAUCUGUUCUCCUGCAGCGAGAAUGGCUCUGACACGUACGUCCGCAUGUAUCUCCUGCCUGAUCUGACGUGGAAACACCGCAAGCGCACUCCGGUUAAAAAGAAGACUGUGAACCCUGUCUUCAAUGAGAUAUUUGAGUUUGCUGUGUCACCGGAGGAAGCAAGAACCAGAAAGUUGGAUGUCGCAGUAAAAAACAAUAAAAUGCUUCACAAAAGAGAGCGAAAGGAGAUUGGAAUGGUUUUGAUUGAUAUGUCUGAAAUGGAUCUGAUCAAGGGCUCCACAGAAUGGUAUGAACUCUCUCUCCCCGGGCUAAAGAAGACAAACUAGCAGAACAGAGGUCAACUAGUUGCAAAAUAACUUAGAAAAUGUAUUAUUAAUCUUAUAAUUUUAUCUUGUACCCAUUGCUGAGUGCUACCCAGAUGAGACAGACUGAGCACUUUGACACUGACCUUAAAGGUGAUUUAAAUACAUAAUUCCUAAUUCUACACAAUAUUUCCUCUUUAUUGCUUAUGUUGACCAUAUGCCAUACUGUAGGAUACAAUUUUAUACAUGAUCUAUUUUCACAUUUAUACUUUGAGUUUCAUUCAUUUUCAGUCUUUUUUAUGUGAUACAGUGAUUCUUGACAUGGCUUUCAGUCUUUUUCCAUCUUUCUGUCCAAGUCUUCAAAACAGGUUUCUUCUUUAUUGCUGUUAACAAUACUUG